AUGCCAUUCGACAGGAAGCAAUUUGUCUUUGUGGAGAGGAAGAAGGCAUUGCAUUUAGCAGAGUCUUGUGGUCUCGGCAUUGUCAAAGAAGAGGCAUACCUUUACGGCUACCAAAUCUACAUUAUCGAGCAAUGGUUAUGCGAUCGCAGUAUUACUUCUAACACUAUCAAGGUGUUUACUGGGAACCAGCAGCAUUCGAUCAAAGUGUGCGUAUUGAGUAUAUCCACAGCUGAGCUACAACAUCCACGUCCAGAGAUUCAAGCCUUUUUUAAUGCUUCUGCACCUCUCAAACUUAAGCAUACCGGGUUGGGUGAGAUUAUGUUGACGGAUCCCAGUGAACUACCUUGUGACAUGGAUAUGGUGCUCGUACCUGAUGGCGAUUAUGACAAGUGGAUCAACCAAGCCUAUGUCAAUAUCAAUCUGAGGAGAACCAAUUGUACCGGUCGAAGUGCUCUUAAUCUCAACAAGCCAAACCCUGCAUCCGAGGAAAAGUUUCGAUCUAUAUACAAGAUUGCAGACACGGUGCCAUUCGAGAUAGCAGUGAUCAAUCUGGUGACAGUGGCUCAAGUGGCCUUGUACCUAUUCAAUCUCCUUAAGCGAGACUACAUUGACGGACUUAUUUGCAAUGAAACCAGUAAGGCGUUUUGGGAAUUCUAUACAAGGUAUCAUCCGCACAAAUCCCCAGAUUAUCAACUCAAAGAGCCAUGGAUGGAACCUCAUCUUUUGACAGCAUUGAUAAGCAAAUUGGUGCUCUGCAGGAACAAGCUUCAUGCUUAUAACUUUACGACCAUCAAAGAUCCAUUCACUGAUUAUGAGGAAUUUCGAUUCGACAUUGAGGAAUAUCAACGAGCAAAAGGUCUCAAACGCACCAAAUUUCUUGAUCUGGCAACAUUGGAUAAGCUCAAUGAGCAUACAAUCAAUCAACUCAAAGUACGCAACGUCAUCAAGUCUAAAUUAGACGACAUUUCUGGUGUAAGCAAUUCCCCCUUGUUCAGCGAAUCAUCAGAGCCAGAAGUUUUCCGACAUCAUGCGACGAUUGAAAGUUUGAGAGCAAUAUGGCGACCACGAUUGAGGAAUACACCCGGCGGGGAUUUGGAUAAACCACAGCAUGAACUUUUACACAUGAUCAAGGGGAUGUCGGCUCGAACAACACGAACGAGUGGGGCAGCUGCAGAAAUCCUCUCCAAAUUUGCAGGAUCCUUGCCAUGGGUGGAGAACAAACAAGGCUCUGUAUCACGCAAUAGAUCAAAACGAAGAGCUGCUGCACCUACAUCACCACCACCUGUAACAACAACACCCACAUCACCAGCACCUUUACGCAACAAUACUGCCACCACCAAUAUUCAGCUCACUUCACCCAGUGGAUUGUCAACCGUUGAAGAUGUCUUGUAUCAACCCGAUAUCCGAGAUGACUCUAAUACACGGCGAUUGCUUUUCGAAUCAGGGCUUUCAUCCGACGAUGAUUUUAGCUAUCGAUCUGAUUCGGAUUUUCCUCCAUGGCGAUUAUCAUCCGAUCGACAAGACACUCCUCCACCACCCACAACGACGACCACCGAUUUCCCAACAAAGCGCUUUGUAGGAUCACCCGUAUCAUUGCGACCUGAGACAGCGAGUCCUGUGAGUGAUAUUGCAGGCAAUGGUGCCAGCGACUUUAUGCCAUUAUCACAGCCUCAUCGAGCGCCUAUGCGAUCACGAUCUGUGUCUGAUAGCAUUGUAUCGUUUGCUUAUUUUCCACCCUCAUCCAAAGACCCGAUACGACCCAACAAGCCCAUUUUACCACGUGCCAAUUCGUUGACCAUGAUACCAGCAGUAGUACAUAGCAACCACCUUCUUCAUAAUGAUGGCAACAACGAACGCAUGACCGACUUUAUACCCUAUAUCGAGCAACCUACGGAUGACAUGUCUCCUGCAUUACGACCUUCAGUGACGAUGGAUGUUGAGACCUAUCUUGUUUUUGAAAAGCUGCAGCGACAACAUACGGAGUUGCGAGAAGCCUAUCAGCAAUUACAAAAGAUGGCCAAUGUGUAUGAGCGCCGAGCAGAGCAAUUACGGACGACUUGGCUACGACGAUCCACUGAAUUUGAGCAAAUUGAAAGAGCUGCACGUAAAGUGAUGGAUGAACAACUGGAAGCUGAAAACGAGUUGAAAGAAGUGGAUGAUUCAAGCGCAAAGCUACAUUACGAAUUGAAUGUAUUGAAUGAGAAUCUCAAGGAUGUCGAGGAAAACGUGUCCACCUUCUACUCCAAAGUCAGUUUACUCGAACGCAAGAUGCAUGAAUCGCAACAAUCCAUCACGACCAUGCUCAUCAUUGGCAACUACUUUGAUUACUAUUGGCGAAAAAUCAAACGUUGGGCUGGUUGGUCAUCGUCAUCAGAUCCAUAA